GCAAACUAGACUCCAGUGUCCCCAUUGAACCUCCAGCCCAGACCGUUGUUGAUGCCACAGCCAGGAUGAUGAUGCUUGAUACUUGCAAGGAGCCAGACCUGUGCAUUGUCUAUGGGGAACCCAUCAGGCCAAAGCCCAUCAUCCAUAAGAGAACGGAAGGUCAGCAGAAAGCCCACCCAGUCGAGGAGGAGGAGGAUGUACCCCUUUUUCGUGGGGGGAGUUUCAGAUCCCCCUGGGAAAUCACAGUGCAGACAAUUCCUGGUGCUGCUAAGGAGCAGGAUGUGUGCGUUGUAGGUGAGGAAAACAUCUGGCAGUUCCCCAACACCGGCGAGAGGAAGGCGUGUUUGCAGGAAACCCACUCAGUGGAGGGUCCCGUUCACAGCAAACUAGACUCCAGUGUCCCCAGUGAACCUCCAGCCCAGGCUGUUGUUGAUGCUGCUAAGGGACAAGACAUCUGCAUUGUGUAUGAGCAAGGUGUCCUACAAAAGUCCACCGUCCAUAUCAGAACUGGGUAUCCUGAGGAAGAAGGCUCAGAGGAGGAUAUAGAUAUGCCUAUUCCUGGCAGAGGAGAUUGGAAAGCCACAUUGCAGCCCACUGUUGGUGCCCCCAAGGAACAAGACAUCUGUGUUGUGUAUGGGGAGAUGGUUAGUCAGAAGCCCAUCAUUCAAGGAGGAGCCUCCAGUGAAUCACAGCCCCAAUCUCCCACCCCUGUGGGAACAGGAACUGACUAAUGAUGAAGACCUUCUAUUUACAUCAGUGUGUUAUUUGACUGACUGUCUCCU